AUGUUGAAAAAAAUUAUUAGUGGUGGACAAACUGGUGUUGAUCGAGCUGCCUUGGAUGUUGCUAUUGAAUUGAAUUAUCAAUAUGGUGGAUGGUGUCCUCGUGGUCGAAAAGCAGAAGAUGGAAUGAUUGAUCCUAUAAAAUAUGCCAAUCUUCAUGAAACAUCAACAGAUGAUUAUUCACAACGAACAGAAUAUAAUGUUCGAGAUUCAGAUGGAACAUUGAUCAUGAUCAUUGGUAGUGAAGCUACUAUGGACAAUGGUACAAAAUUAACAGUCAACAUGACAAAGAAAUAUCAGAAACCUAUGUGUAUUAUUAGUCUUAAUGAAGAACAUAAGAACAUUAAUGAAAUGAAAAUUCUUGAAUGGCUUAUGAUAAAUAAAAUUCAAAUAAUGAAUAAUUAUUCAGAUCAAACUUCUAAUUCUAAUCACUUAUCAUUUCAUUGUUCCAGUGGUGAAUUACUAUGGGGUCAAUUACAUUGUAUCUGUGAAGGUUAUUUCAAUGGCCGCCUUAAUCGAUAUGAUACUCCUCAGUCUAUACCUGAACUAUUGGCAGGAGGGACAAUAAAGCAACGUUAUUUUAAUUAUCGAUGUCGAGCUGCUAAAGGUGAUUGGCAAGCUAAAUCAUAUCAAACUCGAGAUACUUUAGAAGCUGAACCAUUUAAAUCAGGCUAUAUUAUAUAUAAUAUUCAUCAUAAUCCAGUUGAAAUAUUACGACGUUGUGCUAAUGUUGGUGUAUCUCUUUAUCAAACACAUAGUGAUCAUAGUAUUGUAUACAUUAAUCGAUAUGAUUGGUCCUGUCAUCAUGAUUAUGACUUCCAAUAUGAGAUUGAUAAAUUAUUGGGAAUUGAUAGAAACAAACCGGAUCAUGACUUUUUUUGGGAAAGUUCAUUUCAUGGUCGUAUUAUGGUUAUUGACUCGAAUUCAGCUAUGAAUAUUAUUAAACAAUGGAAAUUUGAUCCUACUGAACUUAAACAACCUCAAGAGAAAGUAUUUAUUGACACUCGUAAUGAAACGAAUAAUCGAGUUGGAUUACAUUUAAGCAUUCCCAAAACUGACUAUGAUUUCGCAUGGUUAGUAUUUAGUAGUGAUCAGCCUGAUUCAGAAUUAAUUGCAAUAGUCUACGAUGGAAGUUGUACUACAUUAAGCGGUCAAAUUAUACUCGGCAAAGAAGAUGUAGUCAGUUUGGAUGAAUCUGAAUUAAAUACACAAGAACAAGCUCGUCGCAACGCCGAUUUAUCGAAGAAAAUGCGGUCUGCUGCUAGAUAUCGGCACAAUUAA